CGCGGCUCUCGCGAUGUUUGGCGCGGCCAAGGGCGGCCACCUCGGGGGCGGCGGGCGGCGGGCGGCGAGCGGGGCGGGCGGCAUGUGGCGGCUGCGGUGCAAGGCCAAGGACGGCACCCACGUCCUGCAGGGCCUGUCGGGCGGCACGCGGCUGCGGGAGCUGCAGGGCCAGAUCGCCGCCGUCACCGGCAUCGCCCCGGCCGCGCAGCGCAUCCUCGCCGGCUACCCGCCCGAGAGCCUGGACCUGAGCGACGGCGACACCGCGCUGGCCGAGCUGCCGCUGCAGUCGGGCGACAUGCUGAUCGUGGAGGAGGAGCCGGCCCGGCCCGCGCCCCCCGCGCCCCCCGCGCCGCCCGCGCUCCGCAGGACGGCCGUCCCGGCCGACAACUCGUGCCUGUUCACCAGCGUGCACUACGUGGUGGAGGGCGGCGUGCUGGAGCCGGCCUGCGCGCCCGACAUGCGGCGCCUCAUCGCGCGCAUCGUGGCCGGCGACCCCGAGCGCUACAGCGAGGCCGUGCUGGGCAGGAGCAACCGCGACUACUGCGACUGGAUCCGCAGGGACGACACGUGGGGCGGCGCCAUCGAGAUCUCCAUCCUGUCCAAGUUCUACCAGUGCGAGAUCUGCGUGGUGGACACGCAGACGGUGCGCAUCGACCGCUUCGGCGAGGACGCGGGCUACCCGCGGCGCGUGCUGCUGCUCUACGACGGCGUCCACUACGACCCGCUGCAGCGCGACCCGCCCGACCCCGACCCCGACGCGCCCCCGCUCACCAUCUUCCCGUCCAGCGACGACGUGGUCCUGGUGCAGGCGCUGGAGCUGGCCGAGGCGGCCCGCAGCCGGAGGCAGUUCACCGACGUGAACCGCUUGGCGCUGCGCUGCAUGGUGUGCCAGAAGGGGCUGACCGGGCAGGCGGAGGCCGGGGAGCACGCCCGGGAAACGGGACACGCCAACUUCGGGGAGGUGUGAGCCGGCCUG